UGUUCCACAGGUGUAUUAUGUGGGGUGAAAUUAUGUUGAAAUAUUAAAUUCCAAUAUCUAAGAACCUGCUGGUGGAAAUCUGAUAGUUUCACAUACAAUUUUUGUAAAUCAUAAUCGCAGCGCAAUAAAAAAAUCAAUUCCACCCAAUUUUCCAAAAAUUGCAUUGGGGAUGUUAAACCAAGGGCCUGUUCCAUAAAACAAGUUUACCAAAUAAACCAGGCUUAUUUCAGUAAUUCUGACUUAUUUUCACUUGAUUUGGUUUCUGAAAGCAAAAUUACCGUAGCUCAAGCUCAGUCACUGUGGCAACUUAUGCUGGCAAACUAACCUGGUCAGGAGCAGGCUAACUGUCCGGCUAAGCUGAGCUCCUCUAACACUGACCAAUAGGAAUGCACAUACAAUUAGUUCACUUUAUUAUUAGUCUAAAAAUAAAAAUAGCCUAUACAGAAAAUACACCUUAAAUAAUCAAAAAAUAGGCUACAACCAACUGUAUUUAAUGUAUUGUGCCCAAAAUAGGCUAAUGACAUUUUAACAUAGUUGCUACUUGCGCAUUUAGUUGAUCAGCAGUUUCUAGCCAUGCAGCCUUUCUCUCUGAAUUUAUGACAGCUGCACCUUUUAUGGUUAUUAGAACAUUAAAACAUUGCAAUCUAAAAUGGCUCUUUAAAGCAUUAAAAACACUAAAUCAAAAGUUAAAAUCACUGAUUUAAAAAUUAAAAUAAAUAAUAGAAAUCAGACUACAUUUUAACUGAUAAGAGGAACACACAUUUAACUCAUUUGAGCUAGUAUGGCUGUAUUAGCCAGCUUACAUUUGAUUUACAGUUACUGCUAUCAUAAAAAUACACUUAUAAGUAGGAUUAAAAUUCUAUGCGUCACAUUUAAUGUCCAACAACAAAUAUUUUAGCAGAAUGUAUAUUGUAUUCGGAAUUCUUGCGCUAUUACGUCUGUGUAACGCGCAUGCGCGCAGCAGUGCUCGCUAAGCCUCGCCCACUCCUGACAGCAAAAUGGAUAUAUUUGCAUGACUUUCUAACAUUUACAGAUGAAAAAUAUACCUGUGACGUGUCAGUUAUACACGGAGGAAAACAUAACGUCUCAAAUGCAUUAAACAACACAAAUAUUCGCUGUUUGUCACGGUGGAUCGAUUUGAUCCACGAUCGACAUUAAGGGCUGCUUAAGAAUAAGAAAAUGCAAAUCAAAUCAUCCCGACUCACUGAACCUGGCUCGAAUUAGUGAGAUUGUGUGAACUUAAAUUGUCGUUUAUGAAACCACUUUAGUCCCGAUUGAUUUGUUAGGUUAUUUCAAGUCAGGUUUUGGACUUCAAUCCCCGCUUUUCUUAGCGUCUUUUAUGGAACAGGCCCCAGAAGGAGUCCUUAUGACUAACAAAGGAUCCGCUUCUGUUUUGGAGGCGCGUCCACGAGAGCUUUUUUUACCCGGUGCGCCGCGCUUUGUUUACUGUCUGAGGAAGACGCACGCUGUAUGCAAGCUAUUGCAUUCUCCAUGGACCGUGUUUUGGUCUUGGUGUAGUCUUUAAAAUGGUGCAGAAGUGUGCAUUUACCGGAUGCCCGAAUCGUCGGAAACCAGCGAGACUACGUAAACGUGCAGUACCAACAACAGAUGAAAGGCUUUCCUUUCACACUUUCCCAGUAAACGAUCCACAGCGACUUCAGCUAUGGCUGCUAUCUGUUCAGCGAUAUGUUGAUUUACCGCUUGGAAACGUGAGUCAAAUGAGAUUGUGCAGUGAACAUUUUUCACCAGACGACUUCAAACCGGGUCAAGGAAAGAUACGACGAAAACUGAAAUCAACAGCUGUGCCCAGCCUGUGUUUACUAAACACAAAGGAUGAGCAAACACUUGCUGAAAACCCAUCUGAAGACCUUACUUUGGAUGUCAGCAUGCUUUUCCUGGAUCCUUCAUCAGACAAGAAGGACCUCAGUUUUGUUCCACUAAGUUCUACUUCUACAUCAACUCCAGCUACAGAGGAAGAUGAAGCCAAUGAUACAUACAAAGAAAGAAAAUGGAUGGUAAAUGAGUCGAAUUUGAUGGAGCUGUUUAGCAGAUGCCAUCUAUGUGGAGCAUCGGCCAUUGACAUUAAAAAAACAACGCUGGGUAGCCUCAUUCGUGUUCACUGGGAAUGCAUAAAUGGUCAUGAAGGAACGUGGAAGUCGUGCAACGAAACACGAGGAAUGCCAGAUAACAACCUUCUUGUGGCCAGGGAAGGUUCUAGACCACAGUAACUGGGGGGGGGGGCAGACAGGGGCCACUUGUGCUUUUAGGGGGCACAAUUUUUAAAUUAAUCUUAACCUACUUUAAUAUUGUUCAUUCAGUCAUUUUUCACCAUGUCAUGUAUCACUGCAAUCUCUAGAAGUAAUCUAUAACAGUUUCAACUAAAAUUAAUGUUUCUUCAUGUUUCAUUUAUUUGACAAAUAAUUUAGUAUUGUAGUGUCAGGGGCAUCAUGCACUCAUUUUUGAGGGGGCACAAGUGAGGGCUCUCAUGCUUGACACAGCAGCCACAAUACCACUGUAUAAUUGAUAUAGGCUUAUGUCCCAACUGAAAAAAAAUCCAAUAAAACCAUCACAGAAAAUUGUAAUGGUUUCCACUACAAAUACCAUUACAAACAUUACAAACCAUCAACUUUUAACCAUUAAAAAUAUGUUUUGGGACAUAUUCCAUUAGGAUUUAUUGGUUUUAACAAGCCACCAAUAGAAGGCAACCAAUUACCAGUAGAGACCAACAGGCACCAUUACAGUUUCCAGUAAAACCACAAGUCCCAUUAUUACCAGUAAAACCAUUACUAAUUUUGUAAUGGUGUCUAUUGUUUUGGGGUUUUUUCAGCAGGGGUUUUAUUAAAUUGUUUAAAUUUUUUAUUCGAUAUAUCCCCAAAAUAUAUCAUGAAAUAUCUCGAUUCUCAAAUGUGUAAGUAAAUGCGUUUUGCACCUUUAUAGAUUAUGUUAGUUGAUCUAUAAUGGGCGAUGGGCAAAGUAGCCUAAUACUGUAAUCUAUUAAGUACCAGAUAUGGGUGUCAUACCAUAAAAUACUUUUAAUAUGACUGACUUUGUACUUAAUGUGAAUUUAAUUAAAACAUUGUAAGUUACUAAUUAGUCUAUAACCAGUGUUGGGCUAGUUACUCAAAUAAUGUAAUGUAUUACUCAUUACUAGUUACUCCUUUCAAAAGUAAUAUUGUUACUUUACUUAUUACUUUCUGGCAACAGUAAUUAGUUACACUACUAGUUACAUUACUUUUUCUUCACGCCCCACAGAAGUUGUAACUGUGUAUCUUCCAGAUAAAAUUCUUCAAGAAUGUUACUAACAACAUAUUUCUGCCUCAUCAUUUGACCAAAAUCCACAUUGGAUCGCAGUCAGAAGUUAUUAUAGUCAGAAGCGAACACAGAUUUGAAUUUAGCAGCUGGUGAUGUUUUUCUUUUUUUAUAUAUAUAUUGUUUACAAUAUAAACAAUAUUUCUUUAUCAAAGAAAGAAAAAAACAAAAGCCAUAAUAUGGACUUUUGUAAAUGCUGUGAUACUGUGAUGC